UUCCAUAGAUUUUUGUUCUGUGAUUCUCUGUAGUUGUGGCUGCUUGGAGAUUUCUGCGUUUUUGUGAAAUUAUUUAGUAAAAUACGUAUUUUCUAGAUGGAUAAUCGUCUUUAAACAAACGCGAGUGACAAUGUCUGACUCGGAAGGGAGUAAUUUUUCCGGCAACGCGUCGGAUGCGGGCAGCGUAGCCUCCAAUCGGUCGCGUAGAAGUGCAGCGUCGAAUCGCUCCGCUAAGUCUCGUUCGAGCUCCCGUGGUUCCCGUAUGUCUCGUUCACGAUCCCGUUCGGGCAGCCGGAGUCCCUCACGGAGUCCCUCCAGGUCGCGAUCCAGAUCUCGUUCACGAUCGCGCUCAAGAAGCAGGAGCCGCUCAGCUGGCUCCGAUGGCAGCCGCAAUAGGGAUGAUGAGGCUAAAGAAGCUUCAGCUGAUGAGGAAGUGGAGGAUGAACAAGAGCCCGAGGGGGAUGACCUUGUAGACUCGGAGGAGUAUGAUGAGGAUGAAGAAGAAGAAAGACGACGCAAGAAGCGCAAGAAAGACAAUCGAUUUGGAGGAUUCAUUAUUGAUGAAGCUGAGGUAGAUGAUGAAGUCGAUGAAGAUGACGAAUGGGAAGAGGGGGCGCAGGAGAUGGGCAUCGUGGGCAACGAGGUCGACGAGGUGGGGCCCACGGCGCGGGAGAUCGAGGGGCGGCGGCGGGGGACCAACCUCUGGGACUCUCAGAAGGAGGAGGAGAUUGAGGAGUACUUGAGGAACAAGUACGCGGACGAAACUGCCGCCUCGAGACACUUCGGCGAGGGCGGGGAGGAAAUGUCGGAUGAAAUCACGCAGCAGACGCUUCUGCCAGGGAUUAAAGACCCUAAUUUGUGGAUGGUCAAAUGCCGCAUUGGUGAAGAAAAGGCCACAGUCCUACUCCUCAUGAGGAAGUUCAUCGCAUACCAAUAUUCCGAUGAACCGUUUCAGAUAAAAUCGGUCGUAGCACCAGAAGGUGUCAAAGGUUAUAUUUACAUAGAAGCUUACAAACAAACUCAUGUGAAAAACAUUAUUAACAAUGUGGGUACUUUAAGAAUGGGUAUUUGGAAGCAAGACAUGGUUCCUAUAAAAGAGAUGACCGAUGUUUUGAGGGUCGUCAAAGAACAAUCUGGGCUCAAGCCAAAACAAUGGGUUCGAUUAAAACGAGGUCUUUACAAAGAUGAUAUCGCUCAAGUGGAUUAUGUAGAUCUGGCACAGAACCAGGUCCAUUUGAAAUUGCUUCCUAGAAUUGAUUACACACGCCUCAGAGGCGCAUUGAGGACGGUGCAGAGUGAGAGCGAAGCGGCGAAAAGAAAGAAAAAGAGGCGCCCGUUGGCGAAGCCUUUUGACCCUGAAGCGAUUCGAGCUAUCGGAGGCGAAGUGACUUCCGACGGUGAUUUCUUGAUCUUCGAGGGUAACAGGUACUCUCGCAAAGGUUUCUUGUAUAAAAACUUCACAAUGUCAGCUAUUUUGGCUGAAGGAGUUAAACCAACGCUGACGGAAUUGGAAAGAUUCGAAGAACAACCUGAAGGCAUUGACAUAGAGUUAGCAGCGCCCGCCAAAGACGACCCGACUAGUCUGCACUCGUUCUCAAUGGGAGACAAUGUGGAGGUGUGCUCUGGAGAUCUGGCCAACCUGCAAGCGAGGAUCAUCGCGAUCGAUGGCUCCAUGAUCACUGUGAUGCCGAAACAUGACGCUUUAAAAGACCCGUUGAUAUUCAAACCUAAUGAACUGAGGAAGUACUUCAAGCAGGGUGAUCACGUGAAGGUUUUAGCCGGACGAUAUGAAGGCGAUACGGGACUGAUUGUUCGAGUCGAGCCGCACCGUGUCGUGUUAGUUUCCGAUUUAACUAUGCACGAAUUGGAGGUGCUUCCUCGCGAUUUGCAGCUGUGCUCCGACAUGGCCACCGGGGUGGAUUCACUCGGCCAGUUCCAAUGGGGCGAUAUGGUCCAACUCGACCCUCAAACUGUUGGGGUCAUUGUGAGACUCGAGAAGGAAAACUUCCACGUCCUCGGCAUGCAAGGAAAAGUUAUCGAGUGCAAGCCUCAGGCGUUGCAAAAACGCCGCGAGAAUCGUUUCACAAUGGCAUUGGAUUCCGAAGCGAAUACGAUCCAGAAAAGAGACAUCGUUAAAGUGAUAGACGGGCCGCACGCAGGUCGCAAUGGAGAAAUUAAGCAUUUGUACAGAAAUUUCGCGUUUUUACAGUCGCGUAUGUACUUGGAUAACGGCGGUAUUUUCGUGUGUAAGACUAGACACCUUCAGCUCGCGGGCGGAAAUAAGAACAACGCGACUAAUAACAAUCUGUCGCUCGGUUUUAUGUCCCCGCGGAUUCAUUCUCCGAUGCAUCCUUCGGGACGCGGCGGCGGGACUCCCGGGGGCAGGGGCCGCGGCGGGGACAGGGGCGGCGCGAGUAGAGAUCGCGAAUUUAUCGGACUCACGAUCAAGAUCACGGGCGGCCCGUACAAGGGCAACGUCGGUAUCGUCAAAGACGCGACCGGCAGCACCGCGCGCGUGGAGCUGCACUCGACGUGCCAGACCAUCUCCGUGGACCGCAGCCACAUCGCGGGCGCGGGCUCCGGCGCGCCGCGCGACGGCUCCGCCUCCUUCUACACGCGCACGCCCGCGCGCGCGCCCGCGCUGGGCGCGCACACGCCCACCUACCGCGACACCGGCAUCAAGACGCCGAUGCACGGCUCGCAGACGCCCAUAUACGACGUCGGCAACCGCACGCCGCACUACGGGUCGGCGACGCCGUCGCACGACGGCAGCCGCACGCCGGCGCACGGCGCCUGGGACCCCGCGGCCGCCGCCACGCCGGCGCGGGCGCCCGACUUCGAGUACGGACUCGACGACGCCGCGCCCGGCUACGAGCCGCCGCAGCCCUACGGCCAGGCGGGGCCCUUCACCCCGCAGACGCCGGGCACCAUGUACGGCUCCGACCACACGUAUAGCCCGUACCAGCAGUCGCCGUCGCCGUCCGGCUACCAGUCGGGCUACCUGGGCACGCCGAGCCCGGUGGGCUACUCCCCCCGCAGCCCCUACAACCCGGGCACGCCGGCGCCGGACGCGGCGCCGGCGGCCGACUGGCACACCACGGAGGUGGAGGUCCGCAUCCGCGCCUCGCACGAGGACGCGGCGCUGGCGGGGCAGACGGGCGCCGUCCGCGGCAUCUCCGGCGGCAUGUGUUCCGUGUUCCUGCCGCUGGAGGACCGCGUGGUCAACGUCGUGGCGGAGCUGCUGGAGCCCGUGGUGCCCGCCAGCGGCGACCGCGUCAAGGUCAUCGCCGGGGAGGACAGGGAGGCUGUGGGACAGCUCAUUUCCAUCGAGAACCAGGAGGGCGUCGUCAAGUUCGGAACUGAUGAUAUCAAAAUCAUGCAACUCAGACAUCUGUGCAAGACUAGUGCCGCUUAAUGAAAACGUCGAUGUUCGAUUUCAAAAUACAUUAGUUUCAAAGCUUUCAUUCGUGAAGGAUAGUUCGGCUAUCUCUUGUGGAAUCAAUACUUUGGGGUUUAGUACACCCACUUUGACAUGUCCUGUUAUUAUCAAGGAAAAUGAAGAAAUAAAUGUAAUGCAUGUUCCACUUGCAGGCAAAGUGGAAAUAUGUAUAUUUGAAUACACAGACGAGCACCUCUAUUUUAGAGUAAUAUAAAGAAUUGUGUAGUGAAUAUAGGAUAAGCGAUGUAUCUAUACUUAUUCUAAUUAAUGUUUGAUCUUGUUUCAAAUAAAUAUGACGUAAUAA